UCGCCAUAUUGGUAGAAACAAAAUGGCUGACCGGGAGAUGAGUUGAAAAGUCAGCUGGCUGCACAUUUUGAACGUUUUUUGCUGCUAGCAUGUCGGGCGAGUCUAAAAGGAUUUAACAAUAUUGUAUUAUAGCUACACAGUGUCUGUCAUGAUCAAGUUCUGGUUGAUGGUAAAUAAGCAGGGGCAGACUCGCCUGUCCAAGUAUUACAAGCAUGUGGACAUUGGGAAGAGAGCUGCACUGGAGGCAGAUGUGGUGAAGGCUUGUCUGUUUCGCAGUAAAGACGAGUGCUCAUUUGUGGAGUAUAAGGACUACAAGCUGGUGUAUCGGCAGUAUGCUGCACUUUUUAUUAUAGUUGGCAUUACUGACAAUGAAAAUGAGCUCUCUGUGUAUGAACUCAUGCACAACUUUGUUGAAGUGCUUGACAAGUAUUUCAGUCGAGUGAGUGAACUGGAUAUCAUGUUCAAUUUGGACAAAGUGCACAUCAUUUUGGACGAGAUGAUCCUGAACGGCCACGUUGCAGAGACCAACAAGAACCGGAUACUGGCACCACUGCAGGCGCUAGAUAAGAUGGUAGAAAGCUGACUCCCAGGUUCAAUUAUUAUAUCCAACAUGCAUGUUGUUUACUAACAAUAAAGUGACCGCUGACUUUUUUUAAAUACAUUUUGUUGGUCAGUUGUUUCUGUAUCAGUGGACGGGAAAUGCAGCUCAGUACAUGGUGUAACAGAUUAAAAGCAUGUGACUGUUUACUCUGCAAA